GUAGCGGCGCACAUGGCGCGUACAGCGGUUAGAAUAAAUAGACAAAAUCGAAGCAGACAAAAUCCCAAUUCGGAUUUAUCUUCGAAUCGUUUCAAAACACCUCUUUGAGAUUAUCGAGACCUUUCGAUUUUCAUCUCUUCCUUCCCAAGCUCGAUCGAGAGAGGUCCCUCUAUCUCGCCAUUGUCUCUGCUAAAUGCCGAAAUACCACGAGAUGAGAAACCGAUACGAUUCCCGUUCCGAGCCUUGAGAAAAUGCUACCUAUCUACAACGGCUGAAAAAUCCCAUGGCCUCUCAUCUCGAGCCCAAUCGAUGCAAUCUCAUUCCUCUCUCUCUCACAUCUCUCUGCGCCUGCCAAUGCCGUCCUUCUCCCAAAACCCUAAUCUUCGUCCGCCCCUCCGCCAUGCGGAAUUUGAGACUGAAGUCCAACGGAUCGGUAGGCCUCGUUCCUUCUGGCAGAGAUCGACGGUGUGGAUUUCGGACACCUGGUGGUGGGGUGUUCACGGCUGUCGCCAGCACUAAUCCGGAUCGUCUUGAUGAAGAAGAAGUGACGGAAGAGGCACUCGAAAGUGGCCACCAAUCUGUAGACAUGGAGAAAUUGGUGUUGGAGCGCCAGCAAGGAGGAAGUCAGCUGAAGAAACGGGUCAUUUUUGGACUUUUAAUUGGAAUUUGUGUUGGUGGUGUUGUUUUAGCUGGAGGAUGGGUUUUCACAGUAGCUGUGGCUACAGCGGUAUUUAUUGGUGCACGUGAGUACUUCAGGUUGGUCAGGAGUCAGGGUAUUGCAAUGGGGAUGACACCUCCUCCAAGAUAUGUAUCACGGGUUUGCUCUCUCAUUUGUGCUCUCAUGCCAAUAUUUACAUUAUAUUUUGGUCACAUGGGUGUUUCCGUGACAUUAUCCGCUUUUGUAGUUGCGAUAGCAUUGAUUUUACAGAGAGGAAAUCCUCGUUUUGCACAGCUGAGCAGUGCAAUUUUCGGGUUAUUCUACUGUGGGUACCUCCCUUGUUUCUGGGUUAAGCUUCGAUGUGCUUUGGCAGUGCCAGCAUUAAAUACCAAUAUAGGAACCAGGUGGCCAGUUUUUCUGGGUGGUCAAGCUCAUUGGACCGUCGGUUUGGUUGCAACCUUGAUCUCUUUUAGCAGCAUAAUUGCUGCGGACACUUUUGCUUAUCUAGGUGGAAAGACAUUUGGUCGGACACCGCUAACUAAUAUUAGUCCAAAGAAGACGUUGGAGGGAGCUUUUGCUGGUUUAAGUGGCUGUAUAGCCAUCACUCUCCUCUUAUCAAAGAUCUUUUGCUGGCCAGCAUCUUUAGUAAGCGCGUCAGCUUUUGGAGUCCUCAAUUUUGUGGGAUCUCUUUUUGGGGACCUUAUUGAGUCUAUGAUCAAACGUGAUGCUGGUGUCAAGGAUUCUGGAUCCCUCAUUCCUGGACAUGGUGGAUUACUUGAUAGAGUAGACAGCUAUGUGUUCACGGGCGCACUUGCAUACGCUUAUGUCAAAACCAUGCUACCACUUUUCGGAGUUUGAAUUAUAAAGUUGGGCAGAGGCCAAUGGAAAAUACAAAGUGAACUUUCUGCUUUUCCCUUUUCUGGUAUCAGAGGUGAAGGACGGCUCCACAAACACCUACACAAGAAAGAUUGCAUAAAUUUUCAAUGAAUUGGAGUACACCCUUUUCCCCUUUUUUGUUUUUUUGUUUUUAAAUUCAUUUAAAGACUUCUGAUUGUAUAUUUACUUGUAAGCUAUAUGAAAUCUAAGUAGUAUAAUUGAAAUCUGUAUCUAGUGUGGUUCUUACACCAUCUGAGUUCUAUGUCAGUGCCAGAUAUAUGAAAAUGGGCUCCUCGGCUGCAA